AUGGCAGAAAAACUUCAUCCAGCUCUGAUGAUCACUAACAUCAGAAACUUCAUACCUCUUACCCUGGAGAUGGAGAGCGGCCAGUAUACUUACUGGGUAGAAUUGUUUAAAAUACACUGUCGUGCUUUCCAAGUUCUUGAUCACCUUCAACCCGCGACCAACUCUCCUACUCCUGCUGCAGCCGACGGGAAAGAUACUCCCAAACCCAUUGAUAAAGAUCUGUGGCAGCGUCUUGAUGCCAUAGUUCUACAGUGGAUUUAUAACACUAUUUCAAACGAUCUCCUUCACACCAUUCUCAAACCAAAUUCCUCCGCUGCGCACGCAUGGAAAGCUCUUGAAAGCAUUUUUCAAGACAAUCAAAAUGAACGUGCUCUCUACCUUGAACACAAAUUGGUUACAACAAAGCUACCUUCACAAAUACAAAGAUAA